CACACCUCAUUACUUGCUAUAGAAGAUGUAGACUCACCCUAACCCCCACUUCUCCGUCCUUUAAUCCAUCACAACAAGGGCUUUUUUUUUCUUUCUUUCUAUUCCAUAACUCUCUUUGGAAUCAAUCUUUUUUCUUUUGAACUUUUCUUUGUAAAAGCCAAACACAAUCCCAAACCCCAUCUCUUCACUUUCUAUAUAGAUCACAUACCACCACAUUUCCAACUACAAUCCACAAUGGCAGGAAUUCUCCCUAAACUUAUUGUUUCCUUAGCCAUCUUCAUCACUUUCUCGACCAUUGCCGCUGCCGUCGACGGCGAAUCUCACAGCUUCUCUAGGACUCUAUCACUAGAAUCCAAGAAGCUUAAGCGUGAGAAGAUGAGCCACCUUCACUUCUACUUUCAUGAUAUAGUUAGUGGACGUAACCCAACCGCCAUAAAGGUUGCUGAAGCAGAAUCCUCAAAGACAUCACCAACAGGGUUUGGUAUGAUGGUGAUGAUGGACGAUCCAUUAACGGAGAAGCCAGAGGCUACGUCUAAGCUAGUUGGAAGAGCUCAAGGGAUCUAUGCAUCAGCUUCACAGAGUGAUUUGGGUUUCUUAAUGACCCUUAACUAUGUUUUCACGGAAGGGAAGUACAACGGGAGCACACUGAGUAUACUUGGGAGAAAUCCAGUGUUGUCGGAGGUGAGAGAGAUGCCGGUGGUCGGAGGGAGUGGGCUUUUCCGGUUUGCUCGUGGCUAUGCUCAUGCUAAGACUCACUGGUUCGAUUUUAAAACUGGGGAUGCUGUGGUCGAGUAUAAUGUUUAUGUCAUCCAUUACUGAUCUAUGAGGCCUUUUCCUUUCAAUUCUUAGAAA